ACGCCAACCGUUUCCAUAUUUUUUGGAACUCAAAUUUUCUGUCUCUUAUUCUUGUUCUUCUCUUCUUUAUCUAUCUUCUUUUCUCUCUUUCGUCGUUUCUUGGGUUCACGCACUUUGGGAAAAAUGCCUGCAACAGACCAACAGGCGUCCUUUCUUGGCCGAAUCAGCAUCCGCCGGAACCAGGUUAUCUCCGUGGACGGUAACAAUGACCAAGAGCUGGAGGAUCUCGAGCUUUUUCAAAAGCAUGUGGCUGAUCGCUUCGCUGAUUUGUUGUCUCCGCCGGAGGAGGUCGCUUCUACUGAACCUCUGCUGUCUAUUUCCUGGCUGAGGAAACUUGUGGAUGUUUUCUUGUGCUGCGAGGCUGAAUUCAAGGCUGUUCUUAUAAUGUGUCGCGAACAUUCUCAAAUCUGCAAGCCACCGUUAGAUCGAUUGAUUCCUGAGCUGAUGGACAGAGCUGUUAAAGCUCUGGAUAUAUGUAAUGCCGUGUCCAGUGGGGUUGAUUCUGUGCGUCAGUGUCAGAAGUUCGCUGAAAUUGCAGUCUCUGCUUUGGAGCAGAAGCCGAUGGAUGACGGGCAAGUAAAGCGAGCAAGAAAGGCAUUGAAUUCCUUGUUAACUGCGAUGACGAUUGACGAUAAGGAGAACAGAGAUUUUAAGGGUGCGGAGAGAACAAGGUCUUUUGGGAGGAGAGGGAAUACUAAUUCCGCUAACAAGGAAAGAGCUGUAGGCAAUUUCCGGUCUCUUUCAAUGAUUGUCGCUAAAAAUUGGUCUGCCUCCAAGCAGAUUCAGGCCAUGUCUUCCAAUCUCGUGGCGCCUCGAGGUGGAGAGCCCACAGGACUUGCAUUGCCUGUUUAUAUAAUGAGCUCUGUUAUGGUGUUUGUGAUGUGGGCUCUGGUGGCUGCUAUGCCUUGUCAAGAGAGGAGUGGAUUGGCAACACACUUUCAGAUUCCGAGGCAAUUGACGUGGGCACACAGCAUGAUUGGGCUUCAAGAGAAGAUUGGGGAGGAAUGGAAGAAGAAAGAGAAAAAAGGUUCGGUUGGGUUGCUGGAGGAGAUGCAGAAGAUGGAGAAGUUGGCAUUGAGUUUGAUUGAAUUUGCUGAUGGAUUUCAGUUUCCUGGGGACACAGAGAAGAUGGAGGAGGUGGCAUCGCAGGUGGCGGAGCUCGCAGAGAUUUGCGGGAAAAUGGAAGAAGGUUUGGUGCCUUUGCAGACGCAGAUUAGAGAGGUUUUUCAUAGGAUUGUAAGGAGCAGAGCAGAGAUUCUUGAAGUGUUGGAGCAUGCUGCCAAAAUUUCUCAACCUACAACAUAACGUGAGCACACAGCUAAAUUGUUCUAAAUUUUUAAGCAAAACAGCAAUCUUUGAAGCUUGGAUUUUUUUUUUUUGAGGUAAUUAAUGAUCCCUGGUUCAAAUUGUU